UUCACAAUGACCUGGCUGAGACCAUUUAGUCAUCUAUUUAUUCCGUCUCCUCAGGGACAAGACAUCAAGCACCUGAGCUGACCUCCACAUCGAUCAGUACUCAAAGCCACUCCACUCUCAGCCGAGGGACUGAGUGUCACGGCGACCCAAGACCGAAGAAAAAUCAUGGGGUCCGUGACGGCGUCGACGACGGCGCAGCCCACCCUCCGCGUGGCCGCCUUCUGCGGCUCCCUCCGCAAGGACUCGUGGCACCGCGGCCUCAUCCGCGCCGCCGAGGAGCUGUGCGAGGAGUCCAUCCCGGGGCUGCGCAUCGACCACGUGGACAUCUCCGGCCUGCCCAUGGUCAACCCGGACCUGGAGACCGACGGCGGCGAGGGCUUCCCGCCGGCCGUCGAGGCGCUCCGCGAGAGGGUCCGCGCCGCCGACUGCUUCCUCUUCGCCUCGCCCGAGUACAACUACUCGGUCACGGCGUCCCUGAAGAACGCGCUGGACUGGGCGUCGAGGGGCAAGCGCAACUGCUGGGCGGACAGGGCGGCGGCGAUCGUGUGCGCGGGGGGCGACUUCGGCGGGGCCAGGGCGUCGCUCCACCUCCGCCAGAUCGGGGUGUUCCUCGACCUCCACUUCAUCAACAAGCCGGAGCUCCACAUCCGUGCGUUCGCGGAGCCGCCCAAGUUCGACGAGGAGGGCAACCUCAUCGAUGCCGUGACCAGGGAGCGGCUCAAGAAGGUGCUCCUCUCGCUCCAGGCCCUCGCGCUCAGGCUGCAGCACAACAAGGACGACUGACUCAAGAUCCAUGAUACUUGCCACCGUGUACUCGUACGUCCAUUUCCCUAAAGUUUGACGACGUUUUCUGCUCCGUGCACUAGUAUUCGUGGUUCCGUGAAAUACUGUAGGAAGUGUGUCCUACCUUUGUGUAAUAAAUCGCUGAAGAAUUCGACUGUACUGUUGAACGUGUGCGUGCGUAUGUGUUUGGGUCUGUUUAAGACACAUCUAGAUGUGACAUAAUAUGUCACAUCUAACCUUGUGUCCACUAGGUUUGUGGUUUUUUUUGUCUCAACUUUUUUUGUUCCUUA